CACGCGCAGCAUCACUUCACACACACAAAACUGUACGACCAGCCACAUCAUCUGACGGACGGUCCUGAACACCUGCACCUGCGACAGUACAAAUGAAGUCUACAGAAGUGGAUCCAGGGUUAUUCACUGACAGCUACUGCAAAGUGUGCAGCGCUCAGCUUAUCUCUGAGUCACAGAGAGUCGCCCACUAUGAGAGCCGAAAGCAUGCAAACAAAGUUCGUCUGUAUUACAUGUUACACCCAGUGGAUGGUGGAUGUCCUGCAAAGAAGCUUCGAACGGACAAUGGCAGUGCGGAUGGAGACGUGGACAAGAACAAGUGCUGCACACUCUGCAAUAUGUCUUUCACUUCAGCGGUGGUGGCCCAGUCACAUUACCAGGGCAAGAUCCAUGCCAAGAGACUCAGGCUCCUGCUGGGGGAACCAGCUGCCAUCAUGUCUAAAGAAGUGACAGUCGAAUCAGAGCACAUGAUGGACGAAGAUUCACCGGGAAGUCCUUCUACAAAUGGCAAACUCUCUCAGCGCUACUGCGAGAUGUGUAAAGCCUGGUUCAACAACCCUGGCAUGGCCAGACAGCACUACAAUGGCAAGAAGCACAAAAAGAAUGGAGCUCAAGCAAACCUCCUUGCACAGCUGGGUAAAACUCUGGAGGACGGUGAAGAGAUGAACGGCCUGAAGCGUAGUCACACAUGUGAGGUCUGCAGUGUUACGCUCAACUCUGUGGCCCAAUACCAUGCACACCUGCAGGGCUCCAAACACCAGAACAACUUGAAGAACAAAUGAAGUCUGAUGGGUCUGGUUUAUUUCAUCUCCUCUCCUGCGAGUUUUUGAGGAUCUGUCUAUGAAUGUCCUGGCAGCUUCUGCCUCUCUGAGACAUGACAGCAAUAUCGAUUCAUAUCCUCUUGAUCGACUGACUUUGUGGUUUGGACACUAUCAGUGCAGAUAAAGACAUUAACAGUCCUGAUGGAUCAUGAACACCGUGCAUUUUGCUAACUUUGUACAUUCUGAACAUUUUAAUGUAUAUAUUUAAGGCAUGUAGAGCGGGUUAAAUUAUGGCUUUUAAUGUGGUGUGAUUAAAAAUGUUUAUAUUUUAACUUAAAUGUGUUCAAAUGUAUUUAUCAGUCCAAUGAAGAUGUAUUAAAUGUUUGGGUUUUAUUUUGUACAUUCAGUCUGAGGGAAUUGUUCUCUAAUGCUAUUAAAAUGAGACGUUGUCACGA